AUGUCUGGUCGUGGAAAAGGUGGAAAAGGUCUUGGAAAAGGUGGUGCUAAACGUCACAGAAAGAUUCUUAGAGACAACAUUCAAGGUAUUACCAAACCUGCUAUCAGAAGAUUAGCUAGAAGAGGUGGUGUCAAACGUAUCUCGGCUCUAAUUUAUGAAGAAGUUAGAAACGUUCUUAAAUCAUUCUUAGAAAACGUUAUCAGAGAUGCUGUCACCUAUACUGAACAUGCAAAGAGAAAGACCGUUACCUCAUUAGAUGUUGUUUACGCUUUGAAAAGACAAGGAAGAACAUUAUAUGGUUUUGGUGGUUAA